UUUUUCAACGCUCCGCAUUGCCUGACAGCACAAAAGAAAUGCAUUUUGUCUAAGUACUAUAUUACUUUGUAUUUCAGUGACAAAACGAUAACUGGUAUGUUUGUUCACGAACUGUUGUUGCCUAGAAACUAUUUUGUUCCGCUGUUUAGCAGCACCCAUCUGCGUCACAGUGUAUUCAGGCUUCGUGGCGCGGAAAAUCUUGUAGAAAUCGUUUCCUAAUGUCACUUCAACAACCUGAUCGCAUUCAUGAAGCUGGCUGUGUUAUUUUUUUGCAUUAAUGAAGUUGGCUGUGGUAUUUACACUGAAUUUCUGUUUAAAGUUUGUUUUACCUGAUGCUAGCAAGAAUAAUAGAACGGUUGAAGAAGAUAUAUGGAAAACCGACGAAUGCGGCAGGCCUUUGUUCAAAGUUCCUCAAGUACACACUUGCCGUGCUGCUCUCCAUUUCAACGCAUACAAGAAAAGAUGUAAAUCCUUUCCUAGUCCUCCACGAGAUUUACGACAUUCCUUCAUAUUUCACCAAAAUUCCCAGCUCCUCGACUUGGUAAUCAGCUGGGAUAAACCCGAAUAUGGUGAAAGCACAUUAUGGGGCUAUGACGUCAUUCUCAGUGACAGUCACCAUAGUAUGGAACGUUGCCAUCAAGUCAGUGGAAAGGAGGCAUUCUAUAGAAAUUUCACCUUUAAGAGUAUAGGGUUUGAUCGAUGCUAUUUCGCUGUUGUCACAAGUUUGCCCAAAAGGAGCCGCGGAAUGAAAAACAGUAUUGAAAGCUUGAUUACAUCACCGGAUAUAUGCAACUACUUCGAGGAUAUAGAUGCUGCUGUCCCUUUCUCAUGUGCUUAUAUUGAAAAUUUGGCAUUGGUGCAGAGCUGCAACGCGAGUGGCAACGCAAUUGUUUCUUGGAAUUCGCCAACUUGUGCUUUUGAUGAAAUAUUUGCUGAAGUUCACUCGUCUUGCUCGCAGCAUAUCAAAGAUAUUAAUUUGGAAAAAGAUGCUUCCACUGUGUUAUUGGAGGAUCUUCGAAUUGGAUGCAAUUAUUUUGUUCAACUGCACAUGGUCUUGAAACAGGAUUCCAGCUGGAAAAUUUCAGCGGGAAGUAAUAUCAGUUUUGACUGCUUGGCACUCAAAGAACCAGGAAAAAAACAGCUGGCAUCAAUAAAGUUAUCUCGGAAGCCUGAAAAAAGCUUUUUUUCUGCCAAUCAGAAUUUGAUAUUAUAUUUAUCAAUUUCCUUACUUGUGUUGGUAAUUAUUGUUAUGGCUUUGAUUGGUCGUCAAAGGCGAAGAAGAACUUUUCGCGGGUUUAAGGCAGCUAAAAAACAUCCAAUGUUAGCAUUACAUGAUGCAGAACAAAUGCAGUUGGGUAAAGAUGCCGGCGAAAAAGCCAUAUCAGUAAUGCUUCUUCAUGGAGCUGGUUGUGAAUAUUUGAAAGAGUUAGUGCUGAUAUUUGCAAGCUUUCUCAAUGCAAACGGGUUCAACGUGAGACUUGACUUGCUGGAGACAAAUCUCAUGGCACACAUGAACACUGCAUCCUAUUACGAGAGCGUUGAGAGGGAAUCAGAUUACGUCAUCAUUAUUUGCUCAGAUGUUUCAGCCACGGGCUGUUCCCAAGGCAAGGCUUACAAUUUCAUUUUGGAUAUAAUCAAGCACAACAUCAUGGACACACAAGAUCGCUCAAAAUAUAUUCCUGUUUAUUUUGACAAAUUGUCUACCCUGCCAGAUGCAUUGCGUGGUUUUGCAAAAAGAAUACCCGAUGAAAUGGAUCAGAUUUUAGCAAUGCUUUUGAGUAUUCCAAGAUAUUUUGUAUCAAACGAAGCAAGUCUUCCUGUGAAAAAUGACAUCGUAGUCAGUGACCAAUUGACCUCUUUAAAUAUAUGCAUAAGCAGCGUUUUGGAGAGAGUUCAUCCGAGUUGUCCUAUAUCCCAAUGCAAAAGGGGUAUUGCAUCUUUAUCAGCAGCUGAAGAUCUUGCAUGCAGUUUCCCUGAAGUACUUGACCAAGUAUGACCAAAUUUUCAUAAAAACUGAUGUUUUAUAUAAUAUAUAGUUUAUAAGGUAUAGCUCUUUAUUUUUCUUUUUGCAACCUUUCUGUUUUGCAGCAAUUUGAGUUGCUUGUUGUUAGUUAUUGUAGAAUUAAUUUUAAGCCAUGUUGAAGGGAAGCAUCAAGUUUAGUGAAACAGUUGGGGUCUACGAGCUUGUACUUCAAAUACGUCAUAGUACAUUCAUCUACAGACUUUUUGAAACUAUUAACA